AUGAUACCUCAGUGGUCAAUGAACGUUGAACGGGGAACAGAAGGUGGAGAAGAUGUCGACACAAACUUCUCUGGAUCGACCUCUCAUAGUUUUGACAUUCGAAGGACGAGACACAAGAGGCGGAUAUCGGAAUCGAAGAAAUAUAUGAAGCCAAUAUCUCCCGAAGACGGAUCUGCCGUGAUUCUACUAUGUUGGGGUGAAACAUCCUGCUGCUCAGUCCUGCCAGUGUCUGCUUCGAACCCAGAAGAUGAAGUGGCUACGUGGAGAGAGAUCAACGCAGCCUGGUACACUCGCAAAGGCAACUGGAGGAAAAGGCUGAUGGGAUUGAGGGUCACGAGAGUUGCCGUUGCCGAGGUUUGUUAUAACAAGCUCGCUGCCGAGCAGACCUUUGUCGAUAUUUGGCAGCGAGUUAGUAGGGCCUACCGCCUGCAGCAAUCCCUGGAGUGGGAGCUUCGCAGUCUGCGUGUCAUCCAGGCUUACUCCAACAAGCUUAUCUCCAUCCACACGGAUGUCGUCAACGAUUAUUCCAAGCACUUUGGCGAAGAUCACUCGGUCGUCUUGCAGCAUUUAUGGACUCUGGCUGAGCUGACGCGGCCGCAGCCAUCGUCCGUGGGCUACUAUCGCCGAAUCUUCGAGAUUUUGAACAAGGAUUCGAACACGUGCGACUCGCGUGCAUUUGAGCCGCUCGUCAUCGUGAUCACAGAACUCAUCAAGCAAGAGCGUUACCAAGAGGCACUGCGGCUCUGUCAGAUUCUGUUUAACACUCUCCAGCACCCGCGAGUCAAUGCCCAGCUGCGGGAUUCAGGGUUCGUGCGGGCCGUCUACGAUCGCUACGUGCUGUGUCUUCAAAUGACCCAUGCAGAUGCUCAUGUCAUCCACGACGUGACUGUGCAGUAUCGCAAGGCCUGCAUUACUGUCUUUGGUGCGCAGGCCGCGAUCACGAUCCACGCGACGCAGACACUCGCCUUCAUCGCCCAGGGAAUCAAGCAGUAUGAGGCUGAAGCAACGGAGCUCUUUGAGUCACUCCUGGAGAUGCACUCGAGCGAGGUCGACAUUGACUACGAGAACAUCCGUAUGACGCUGGAAGCAAUAUACGAAGGGCACGAUGGCGUAGACGCGACGUCGACAGAGCUCACCACGCAGCAAUUUCACCGUGUCGUCGCUGCUCGAGUCAAGCGGCUGUCUAGCAUUCGCGAAACGUAUGGAUGGGCCCAUGAAAGCUAUCUGUCCCAAAUGGAAGAGGUUGUUUCUCUGUACGAGAAGAGAAGAGAGACCCAGGCUGCCACAGCCCUGCUUCAGGAGACCACAAUUCAUAUUGUCUCGUCCGAGCAGUUCUCGUCUCAGCAGGUCCCGGCUGCUAAGAGCAUUGUCUCCAGCUAUAGAGCCAUUGGGCAAGUUCAGCGUGCCAGAAAGCUGUCCCUGGAGAUCUACCGGCAGAUGGUCGCGAAGGACACGACCAAUACUAGCUCUGUUGGUUUCGACCUCAGCUCGAGCCAACGCCACAGCCUCCUCUUCCUGGCGCAGCUCGAGUAUAGCCUGCGAGACCGCGGGGAAGCUUCACUGACAAUGCCGGAGAUUUACUCGUCGCUGGUAGCCGAGGUCCAGUAUUUCGAGCGGUUCCAGAAGGAAGUCCACUCCAAGUCCAGUACCCUCCAAAGCGUGCUUGGUAUUGUCUCACACCUCCGGGGACUUUUGCUCGCUAGGGGCCAGGCAGAAAUCUCUCACCGUCUGCUGGAGCAGUUCACCGACUACUUCAUGUCGACUCAAGGCCAGAAACUCGAACUGAACCGGAAACAGGCCAGCGUGUUCCUAUCCACCAUUCUAGAUCACUUCCAGUCGCAUUCGUCGCAGAACUUCCUCCGAUCGAUCGUCCUUGCCACACAAACCAGGGUCAUCCAGCUUCUGCAAUCAAAUGACUUCGACCGGAACGGCCCAGUCUGCGACCUGGCUCUGGCCGCCUUCAAGUUCGCUCGUGCGCAUGACGGCUUCGCCUCGAUCACACCAGUGAAACUACUCUUCAAAAUGGGCCUUGCAAUCUCCAACUGGGCGAUCCAAGUGCCCCAAGCACCAGACACCGAAAGAAUGCUCCAGGUCUCAGGCACCAUCAUCAAGGAAAUGCUGGGUUACUGCAAGAGCAGGGAUAUUGACCUCACCUGUCUAGACCCCAUCCACCUUAACAGCCUCAUCAAAUCCCUCGACAAGGAGAAAGACUACCAGAACCUGGCCUGGCUGCUCAUUUUACUCUGGGAGAAGCGCCAGAAGAGUCGCGCAAGAGGUUCAGACGACACAUACACUCCCGCACUCGGCCGCAUGCUGGCCAUCACCCUCUACCUGGUCGGUGAUUAUUCGUCUUCGAUCCGACUCGCCGAGGACAUUGUCUACAAUUGUGCCCGUGUGCAUGGACCUCGUCACUCAAGUACCAUCGAGAUGACUAUCCUCCUCUCACAAAUGGCUGGCAACGCAGUACUACAAAAGGCUGCGGCGCUGCAUGAGAACGCACUGCGCGUCUUCGUGGAUCCCAGCUCUGCCGCUACAGCCAUUGACGCCGAUAGCAGUAUUGCUGAUCCAUACUCCGCGGGCUCAAGUCCCUCCGCAUCCCCAGCCUCCAGCCCCGGCGAUGAGUCGGACCCUACUAGAGCACAUGCGAAGGCCGUCCGACAACAUCUGCAUCUCCUCAAACUCGCCGUCGAGCGCCUGGGCAACUGGCCAAAGGACUACGCUGAGUACGAGCGGCUGAACUCGGAUGUCUUCCGGAUGUUCCGCGAGGAUUUGCAGGGGAUCAAGGGGUUGGACAAGUGUAAUCUCAGGCAGUUUGGGGCCGGGCGUGCGGAAGCAAGUGACGAUUUGAUUAAGCCUGGUUCAUUGCCGCAAAUGGACUUGGGCAUGCUUGCUAUUGCGGUAUAG